CAACUCGAUAUUCCUCCACCACCACUCGCCACAGCCAGCCACGAUUCUACACAGCCAGCCACUCGAGAGCUCCAAGAUUCGCUAGCAGCUAGGUAGCCAGCCAUGUCGACCACCGACGGCCAGAAUAAGCAGGCGCGGACACCGGCAGCACUGUCCGCGGCCGGGCACGGCGACGCAGAGACCAGGAAGCUCUUCUCCCGCUUCGACGCGGACGGCGACGGCCGGAUCUCCCCGUCCGAGCUCGCCGCGGUGGCGGGCGCCAUCUCUCCGCCGCCGAGCGAGUCCGCGGGGGGGCGGGAGGUGGGCGCGAUGAUGGACCAGCUCGACGCCGACCGCGACGGCUACGUGGACCUGGGCGAGUUCGCGGCCUUCCACGCCCCCGGCGGCCGCGACCUGGACGCCGAGCUGCGCGACGCCUUCGACGUCUACGACAUCAACGGCGACGGCCGCAUCUCCGUCGCCGAGCUCAGCAAGGUCCUGGGCCGGAUCGGCGAGGGCUGCAGCACCCAGGAGUGCGAGCGGAUGAUCGCCUCCGUCGGCGUCGACGGCGAGGGCUACGUCGGAUUCCAGGAGUUCAAGAAAAUGAUGUCCCCUGACGCCGCCGGCGCGCAGGCCCAACCGCAGCCUGCCGCCGGCGUCACAGACGACAAGCCCAAGACGGAGUGAUCCGUUAUUCCGAUCGCAAAUGGAGGUGUAUAUUGCGUAUUAUGUUGAUGGCAGUAAGAUGAAUGUACAAUAUGUGUAUGCGCUGCCACUGAGCCACAUCCAGCUCUGUUCUUCGGUAACUUGUGCAGACCUAGCUAGCACCGUGACGAUUCCCCGUGCGGUUUGGCUGUAAUUUGCACUCUAGUAGAUGCAAAAUGGGAAUAAGGAUGAAUGUACAAUAUGUAACGAAUGCACUGCUCGAGCUCCAGAAUCGGCUGUUGCUCUGUUUCCCAGCUACCAAAUCUACUUGCGGGAGCGCAAGUAAUUCUCCGGAAGCCAUAACCAAUGGAGCCUCCGGCUUGGCUGCA